CCCACCUCGGCCACGCUGCUUCGCUCCCCACUCCCCACCUUCAGCUGGCACUGCAAACAAGCCUUACCUCGUUGCAUCUGCCAGGAGAGGUAGCAACGGCGAGCCCAGCCAGCCAGAAGCAGCGGAGAGGAGGGAGGGGCGGGGUGGGGUGGGGGUGCAGGGAGUGGGCCGAGGCCGCCCUUGGUGGGGGUAGCGGGGGCAGAGCUGCGGAGAAGACCGGGCAGCCGCCCUCUUCCACUCCCACCCUCCAGAAGCGCUCUUUCCUGAUUAUUUGAGAACCGAAUUAUUCCUCUAGUAUUAUUGCAUUUUUUAUUACCCCCCCUCAGUCCCCAGCCGCCCCCACCCCCACGCCUGCCUCGCCUUUGGUUGCAUGGCAGCGCUGCCCCGGCGCGGGGGCUCAGGGCUGGCCCCCCGGGAAGGAGGAGGAGGAGGAGGAUCAUGAAGCCGGGAGUCGCGACCGCGCCGGACGGCGGGCAGCAGCCAGAGGACGAGCCGGAGCACCCCCCGCCCCGGAGACACCCGGACACCGACCAGCAGUCGCCUCCGCCGCCACAGCAGCCGCGGCGGGCGCGGGCAGACUCGGAGCCGGAGGAGGAGGAGGGCGACAACGACCCAGAGGAGGAAGAAGAGAAGGCGAGGCCACUCGGCCGCCCGGAUCUGCCCUUCUCUCGGCUCUUGCUCCUGGCCCCAAGGGACCUUUGAUGGAACCAAGGGGAGGGGGCCACGGAUUUACGGACUGCAGCAGGGCUGGGCUGGGGGCUGAGAUAAUGUAACUACUCCUUUCUCCUGUUCCCUCCCACACGCCCCUCUUCUCUACCCCUUUCUCCCUUCCACCGCCCUCUCACCCCCAUACACACCCUUCCUCUAGCCAGGAUCUUAAUGCUCAGGAAGAAGGCGGUUCUGCAAGGGUUAAAAGAUCUUUUCUUUUUCUCCCUUCCUUUCCCCUCCCUAACCCUUCGUUUUCCCACCUCCAUUCUAAUUGGCUUUCCCCUCUUCGGUGUAGCCCUUUGGCUGCAGAGGCAAAGCACAAAUCCCUCGCCCAAUCUCACCUGCAACCCCCUCCUCCGACACACACACACCCAACUGCUCUUUCAAAGGCAACUCUGGUGCUUCUGGGGCUUCAUUGCCCCAGUUUUCUGCCCAGGAGAAUUAAAACUUCUCCCAACCUCCUCUUCUCCCCCACUUUGACCCCCCUCCCCCAGAAUUUCCUACUACCUGAGAAAAACUCUUUUUUCUCUCACACAUGCAGUCCUCAAUUCUACAUUGAGCUAGUUUUCCCUGAGCCCAGCUCAAUCCACUCCAACUUUGAUUUAUAGUUGUCCCCACCCUUUUAUAUAAAAGAAAGAGAUUUCCUACUGCCUAGGAAUUUGAGAAGAACCCAACAAUCCUUUUCUGGGGAACUUUUUCACAAUUAGACAUUGAUCUUAAGGCUCUGGUGACUAUUCACAGCACUUCUUCUCUCCUCCUGCUCCUACCAGUGUCCCCAGGUCAACGGCAGAAAGGAGACACCCUGAGCACAGCCUGAGAUUGGGGUGGGGUGGGGCACAAGGGCAAGAAAAACUUUUUCAUUGUUGAGCUUUCCAGGUAGAGUUCAGAAUCAAUGACUCAUAGUUCUCAGUCCUAGGAGCAAUUUAUUUGCUACUUGGAGGGGUUGUAAGAAGAGCCAGUGAGAAAGCAGACCCCCUCCAUAACACAGAUACACUGUGGACCCCCAAACCCAUCCUGUCCUUCUCAUCAAAAACUCAGCUGUCCCUCUCGGGCUCUCUGCUUCCACUGGGCACAUGCUGAUGCCCCUGUGUGGGCUGCUCUGGUGCUGCUGCUGCUGUGGCUGGUACUGCUGUGGACUGUGCGCCCCAGCUCCCCAGAUGUUGCGCCACCAGGGUCUCCUCAAGUGCCGCUGCCGCAUGCUCUUCAAUGACCUGAAGGUUUUCUUACUGCGGCGCCCUCCUCCAGCGCCCCUGCCCAUGCACGGCGACCCCCAGCCCCCCGGUUUGGCGGCCAACAACAACACCCUUCCGGCUCUGGGCGCCGGGGGGUGGGCAGGCUGGAGGGGCCCUCGAGAGGUGAUGGGCAGGGAGAUCCCUCCUGUGCCACCUCCACCACCUUUGCCACCUUCCUCUGUGGAAGAUGACUGGGGUGGCCCAGCCAUAGAGCCACCUGCCUUGCUGCUCAGCAGUGCCUCCUCAGAUGACUUCUGUAAGGAGAAGGCCGAGGACUGCUACUCACUGGGCAGCAGCCUGGACAGUGGUAUGAGGACCCCACUCUGCCGCAUCUGCUUCCAGGGGCCAGAACAGGGGGAGCUGCUGAGCCCCUGCCGCUGCGACGGCUCGGUCAAGUGCACGCACCAACCCUGCCUCAUCAAGUGGAUCAGCGAGCGGGGCUGCUGGAGCUGCGAGCUGUGCUACUACAAGUACCACGUCGUCGCCAUGAGCACAAAGAAUCCCCUGCAGUGGCAGGCCAUCUCCCUGACAGUCAUCGAGAAGGUUCAGAUUGCAGCCGCCAUCCUGGGUUCCCUCUUCCUCAUCGCCAGCAUCUCUUGGCUCAUCUGGUCGACCUUCAGUCCCUCGGCAAAGUGGCAGCGCCAAGAUCUUCUCUUCCAGAUCUGCUACGGGAUGUACGGCUUCAUGGACGUGGUGUGCAUAGGUCUCAUCAUCCACGAGGGACCCUCUGUGUAUCGCAUCUUCAAACGGUGGCAGGCUGUCAACCAGCAGUGGAAAGUACUGAACUAUGACAAGACAAAAGACCUGGAGGAUCAAAAGUCAGGGGGCAGGACCAACCCCCGGACCUCCUCGUCCACGCAGGCCAAUAUCCCCCCCUCGGAAGAGGAAGCAACAGGCACCCCUGCCCCUGAGCAAGGCCCUGCCCGGGCGGCCAGCCACCCCUCAGGCCCUCCGUCCCAUCACCACUGUGCUUACACCAUCCUGCACAUCCUGAGUCACUUGAGACCUCAUGAACAGCGGAGCCCUCAGGGCAGCAGCCGAGAGCUCGUCAUGAGAGUCACAACUGUGUGAGAGGAGAGACCUGGGAGGAAGGCCAUGACCAUGGCCCGAAGGGGCUGGGGGCAGGUGUGGGGGGGCCCGGUGGUGCCCAGGGGCUGGCGCUGGGGGCAGGCAGAGGGUGGGGGGCCCAGAGCAAGCUGUGGAGAGCAGGAAUGAGACUGGUGCCAGGAGUGGCUUUGUGAUUUCCUAUCAGUCAAUGCCAUUCUCCAGACAACAGCAACGAAAACCAACACAAACGCAACGAGGAAGUGCAAUACAGGCUGAACCUCGCCUAACAGAACAAAACCACCCCCUGCACCCACGGGCAAGGCACCCAGGAGAAGCAGAGGCUGUGGGAGGGCAAAGCCCUGCGACUGGUGGUGGUGUUGGAGGCAAAGGGGGCCGAGAGGAAAAGCGUUUGUGCCCUCUCUGUUCUGACCUUGAGUUUGUUUUUGUUUCUUCCUGGGCUUUGUUCAGCAGGCAGUUGGGGAGGGGGAGGGACGGGUGAGGGCUGGCAGGGACACGCAGACUUUGGGGCCUCUGGGCUCACGGGGUGGGCAGGAUGCUGACUCCCAUGGCUGAUAGCUGCAGGGGCCUGGGGGGACGGUGCAGGGAGGGAUGGUACAGGGAGGGGACGUUGGUGGGAGCCACCAGAGGGAGAGCUAUGUCUCCUCCCUUAGGAGCCUUCCAAUGUCAGGUGGGCUCAAAAAGGGCUUAAGUUUGGAGAUGGGUGUUUUUCUGUACCCUUGUUACUUUAUUUUAUGGUGAUUUGGCUCAAAGAUGUUUACAGGAAACACAUGCACACACACACACGCACUUGCCUAGAGAAAAGUAUAGAUCUCCAGUGGGUAUCUCAAGCACAGUUCUGCUGUUGUGGCUCCAGCCUUGGAAGCUGUCAAUCCAGGAGCGAGAUUCUCAACUACCCAACCCCACUCUAUGGCCAGGACACGCUCAGUGCCACGCCCCCUCCUGCCGUGGCACGUGCACAGACUCCCCCGCUGCAGGGCACCCCCACCCAGGGUCUCCCAGGAGAGCAGCUGCAGUGGUUGGGAGGAGGCUGGCCAGUGUGCCUCAAGGCGUGGAGUGGAGACCAAUCUAAGUAUUCUUGCUGCUUGGGACCCUCCCAAAGAGGCAGUUUGGCUACUGCUCUGUGCUUCAUGUCCCCUGGUCCUUCCCAGGCAGUUGGGUGGGCCCAGGGCCCUGGCAGGGAGCACGUCCCUGGAGCCCACCUGCUUGUUCCUGGGACCCUGCCAAGGAAGGCCCCUGGGUGGUGACCUGCAGAGUUUCUCCUUGUCAUUGCACAAUGGCCGUGUCAUCCAUGGGUAUUAAAGGGACACUGUCAAGUACUUUUUUAAACUAGUUUUUAGGGUUUUUUAAAACUCUCUGUUGUUUGUAAUAUUCUCUUAAAAGCUUGAAAAUAAAAUUUCUUUCCCUACCA